AAAAUCAUCAUUCGAUAGAAAUCAGUGUUCUUCGUUAGUGGGUUUUGUGACAGUUACAUUCAAUUAUAUUAUAGAUAUUAUUAAUAUUUGUGAUCCUGAAAAAUAAGUUAACAGCAAUGUUUAAUUUUUUGAAAUAUUUUUUUAUAAACACAUUGUUGAUUGUUUUUAUUCAUGCUUACGAUAUUCCAUUGCAAAGCGACUCAGUGGCCAUUUCCAACGAAUUUAAUGAUGGCCAAAAAAACAUUGACGAUAUUGACUUUCAUGAUGAAAACGAUGAUGGACUUUACCAUACAUCAAAACAUGUGUUUUACUGGCUCUACACGAGAGAUAAUACCGACGGUCAACUUUUAAACAGAAGUGAACCGCACUUGAUCGAGUCUACAACGUACAAUUCAUCAAAUCCAACUAAAGUUAUAGUGCACGGUUGGCUUGGUACCACUAAAGAAAAAGAUAGUCUUUGUAUGUGCAACAUGAAUUCGUAUUUUAAGGUGGGCGAGUAUAAUGUGAUUUGUGUGGAUUGGAAACAGUAUGCGACUGACUUAUCAUAUUCAGUUGCAAGAGCACGAGCCAAACACAUCGCUCACGAUAUAGCUAAAAUCCUGAAAAGGAUAACGUAUAACAUGACAGUAGGGGUCGAGACUAUGCAUUUGAUCGGACACAGUAUGGGAGCUCACAUUGUCGGAUUCGUAGGCAAAGAAUUGCCCGAUCAGAUUCCUCGAAUUACCGGAUUAGAUCCUGCAAAGCCACAGUACGAAAACAAAGGCCCAAACGACAGGCUCUAUAUUACUGAUGCACAUUUUGUAGACAUCAUGCACACUAAUAGUGCCAAAAAUGGGUUUACGAAAUCAAUCGGUCAUAUCGAUUUCUUCCCAAACGGAGGACAGAGGCAACCCGGCUGCGGAUCUUCAGACAGAGCUACGGGUUCGUGUAGCCACAUCAAAGCCUAUCAUUACUACGCACACUCCAUAUGGGCCAAAGAAGAUUAUGUGGCUCAUAAAUGUUCCAGUUGGGAUGACUAUACAUCGAACUCGUGUGACGGCACCAACAGCACUUUUAUGGGCGAGCACGUGGACAUAGAGCAAACUGAAAACUAUUAUUUGAGAGCAGAAGUAGAGGACUAAUAAGGAACUGUCUUGGCUGCAAGAAAUGACGAAUGAAUUCAUACAUGUAUAUUUAACUAAUUGAAAAUUAAAAAUUACGUUGAGUGCUUGAUUUUUUGUUUGAUUCGUGUACUUACUUUUUAAAUAGUGUUCUAUAAUGAGAAUUAUUUUAUGUCAAUAAGGGUUAAUAAAUAAUUAUUUUUUUAAAUCAACA